AUGAUAUAUAGCGACAAGGAUAUUAUGGAUGCGCUGGACGUUGGAACCUUUACCAUUGAUCCGCGUCCGGCUCGCGACGAUAUUUCCCCCUCAGCGGUAGACUUACGACUGCACAAUAUUUUUACUGUGUUCGAUAGUGAAGAUAAACUCGAAGUAGCAGAUACUGAACGGGUAGUACAAAGGUACGGCGAUACUGUAGAUAUACCGGUGGGGGAUUAUCUUGAGUUAAAACCGGGCGCUUUCGCUUUGGGAUAUACGCGAGAACACGUCGAUCUGCCCAUGAAUCUCGCUGCCAGGGUCGAGGGCAAGAGCUCUUUGGCCGGUUGGGUAUUUCCAUUCAUCAGACUGCACCAACCAUACAUGCGGAUUUCCACGGCAACAUCCGGUUGGAGAUUGCCAACACUGGCCCGUUUACGUGUCGGUUGA